AUGCUGCUACUUUGGGCAAUCUCGCUAUUAUUGGGCACAGCAGCAGGAAAAGAAAUUUGCUUUCCAAGACUUGGAUGCUUUUCAGAUGAUAAACCAUGGGCUGGCAUUGUAGAAAGACCCCUUAAAAUACUUCCCUGGUCCCCAGAAGAUGUCAAUACCCGUUUUCUUCUAUACACCAAUGAAAAUCCAGACAACUAUCAAGAAAUUGUUGCAGAUUUUGCAACUAUUGAAGACUCUAAUUUCAAUAAGGAUAGAAAAACUCGAUUUAUUAUUCACGGCUUCGUAGACAAAGGUGAAGAAAACUGGUUGUCAAACAUGUGCAAGAAUUUCUUUCAAGUGGAAGAGGUAAACUGUAUCUGUGUGGACUGGAAAUCGGGUUCUCGGACUGAAUAUACACAAGCAUCACAAAAUAUUCGAGUAGUGGGGGCUGAAAUAGCCUACUUGGUGGAACUUCUUAAGUCCCAGUAUGAAUACUCUCUUGAUAAUGUCCACAUCAUUGGCCACAGUCUGGGAUCCCAUGCUGCUGGAGAGGCAGGGAGAAGGCUUAAUGGUCUCGUUGGACGAAUCACCGGAUUGGAUCCUGCUGAGCCUUGCUUUGAAGGUACCCCAGAAGAAGUCCGAUUGGAUGCCAGUGAUGCCAAGUUUGUUGAUGUUAUUCACACAGAUGCCUCUCCUGUCAUCCCUAACUUGGGUUUUGGAACCAGUCAAAUUGUGGGACACCUCGAUUUCUUUCCAAAUGGAGGAGAACAUAUGCCUGGAUGUCAGAAGAAUAUCCUUUCUCAGAUUGUAGAUAUAAAUGGAAUCUGGGAAGGAACUCGUGAUUUUGUGGCAUGUAAUCACUUGCGAAGUUACAAAUAUUAUGCUGAUAGCAUCCUCAACCCAGAUGGCUUUUCUGGAUUCCCUUGUGCUUCCUACAAAGUUUUUGAGGCGAAUAAAUGCUUCCCUUGUCCAUCUGGAGGAUGUCCACAGAUGGGCCACUAUGCUGACAAAUUUGCUGAUGCAACACGUACAACAGGACAGAUCUUUUAUCUCAACACUGGGGAUUCCAGUGAUUUUGCUCGUUGGAGGUAUAAGAUAUCUGUCACAUUGUCUGGAGCCAAAGUCACUGGACAUGUAAAAGUUUCUUUAUUUGGAAGUAAUGGAAACAGUAAGCAAUAUGAUGUUUAUAGCGGGAAACUACGACCAGGUUAUACUCAUUCUAAUGAGGUUGAUUCAGAUGUCAAUGUUGGAACACUUCAGAAAGUUAAAUUUCUUUGGGACAACAAUGUGAUCAAUCCAACUCUGCCCAGAGUGGGAGCCUCAAUGAUCACCAUAGAAACUUCUGAUGGAAAAACGUAUGAUUUCUGUAGCAAAGAAACUGUAAGAGAAGAUGUUCUACUAACUCUCAAUGCUUGCUAA